GACGAAACACAGGGCGUUGAACUGGCUAAUGCGUCUAGAUACGGACUAGGAGCAGGAAUAUGGACAUCUGACCUUUCGAGAGCGCAUCGUGUAGCGGCCGACAUACAAGCUGGGUUAUGCUGGGUAAAUACACAUCAUCGGAACGAUCCCAGUUCUCCUUGGGGUGGGAUGAAAGAGAGCGGAAUCGGGAGGGAGAAUGGCGUGGAAGCUUUUGAGGCUUAUACACAGAGCAAAUCAACCAUCAUCAACAUCGCCAGUACCGACGAGAUGAGAGAGAAUGAUGACUGGUUUGCAGAGUCAUCGGAAGUUCGUAGAUACGGUUGA